CUGGACUACUCGAGAGAGAGAGAGAGAGAAGCGACAAGGACCAGCACCACUCGUCGGGUUAAAACUUAAAACCCCGAGGAGUCUAGUCUCUCGAGGGCAUACGAGGCGAGCAGGAGCCGGCAGCACGAGGAAGACAGAAGAAGCAAAGCGAAGCAAGGCGACCUCCUCCUCCCCUGCUGCACAGAGUGGGCCGGGGCCACGGUUGCAGGAAGCAGUGUCCGUCAGUAGCAGCGGCGGAGGUGCUCCGCGGUCCUGGUUCAGUAGUUCUCCCCCUCCGGCCGUGGCAGCGGUCGGAUCUGCGUCGCGGCGGCGGAAAGCACCCCCUCCCCGCCUGGAGCCCGGAGCCGCCGUCCUUCUGAAGCUCGGCGGCGUCGAGAUCUGAGUUCGGUCGCGCGGAGAGGAGGUUUCGCUGUGCCGGCGUGCUUCUCCCGGAGCCGCGCGCGGAGGCGGCGCCUUUGCUGCGCAUUGCCGUUCCGUCCGUCCCGUCCCGUCAAGCUCUAAGGCUUCCGAAGAAUUGAAACCGGGGUUCUUGGGCUUUGCGCCUCGCGCCUCGCGCCGUGAUGUAAACUUGAUCCCUCGGAUCGAAAAGGCCGUCCCUUUGCGCCGGCCGGCCGGCCGGAGGUUUGGCGCUGUUCGGCGGAGGAGCAAGUGGCGGUGCUCAAUCCGGACCACGCCGCGCACGUGCUUGGAAAAGGAGCGUGGUUUGGUGUACAAGGAAGGGCAGCAAGGGCCCUUGCCUCCCCCCUUCCCUCUCCUCUCCAUUCCGGUGCGCGCCUGGAACGCGUCUUGUGGGUCGGCCGGCGAGCGGAGCGGCGGGAGGAGAAUGAAGCUCUCGCCGUCGGCCAGCGGUGGCCUCCAGGACCAGCCGGCGUCGCCGGAAGAAGCUGAAGAGCACAAGUGCCUGAAUUCUGAGUUGUGGCAUGCAUGUGCUGGCCCUCUAGUUUCAUUGCCUUCGGUCGGUAGUCGAGUGGUGUAUUUUCCUCAAGGCCACGGUAGCAGCAUCAACAAAUAAGGAAAUGGAGGCUCAGAUCCCCAACUAUCCUAGUCUACCUCCGCAGCUUAUAUGCCAACUGCAUAAUGUGACUAUGCAUGCUGAUGCUGAGACAGAUGAGGUGUAUGCACAGAUGACACUCCAGCCACUCAGUCCACAAGAGCUCAAGGACCCAUUUUUGCCUGCUGAGUUAGGCACUGCCAGCAACCAGCCAACAAAUUAUUUUUGUAAAACACUAACUGCAAGUGAUACGAGUACACAUGGUGGGUUCUCUGUUCCACGCCGAGCAGCUGAGAAGGUGUUUCCUCCACUGGAUUUCAAUCAGCAACCUCCCGCACAGGAGUUGAUUGCAAAAGAUCUUCAUGGCAACGACUGGAAAUUUCGCCAUAUUUUUCGAGGUCAGCCAAAGCGGCAUCUUCUGACAACAGGUUGGAGUGUCUUUGUUAGUGCAAAGAGACUGGUUGCUGGCGACUCUGUCCUUUUUAUCUGGAAUGACAACAACCAGCUGCUUCUGGGAAUUCGCCGGGCAAACAGACCACAAACCGUCAUGCCAUCAUCAGUACUUUCUAGUGAUAGCAUGCAUAUUGGCCUGCUCGCUGCUGCAGCUCAUGCUGCAUCAACAAAUAGCCGGUUUACUAUCUUCUAUAAUCCAAGAGCAAGCCCUUGUGAAUUUGUCAUACCCAUGGCUAAGUAUGUGAAAGCUGUGUACCAUACCCGUAUAUCUGUGGGCAUGCGUUUCCGGAUGCUUUUUGAGACGGAGGAAUCUAGUGUAAGGCGUUAUAUGGGGACAAUUACAGGAAUAAGUGAUCUUGAUCCUGUUCGCUGGCCAAACUCGCACUGGCGCUCAGUAAAGGUUGGAUGGGACGAGUCAACUGCUGGAGAGAAGCAGCCAAGGGUAUCUCUUUGGGAGAUUGAACCGUUGACAACUUUUCCAAUGUAUCCAUCUCCUUUUGCUCUUGGAUUAAAGCGCCCAUGGCCUGCAGGCCUGCCUUCUUUAUACGGUGGAAGGGGUGAUGGCUUGACCUCUUCUCUUAUGUGGCUUCGAGACAGGGCAAACCCGGGUUUCCAGUCACUGAAUUUCAGCGGGCUUGGUAUGAGUCCCUGGAUGCAGCCUAGGCUGGAUAAUUCCUUACUUGGUCUCCAAUCUGACAUGUACCAGACCAUAGCAGCAGCAGCAGCAUUACAAAGCACUACGAAGCAAGUUCCACCUUCAGCAAUGCAGUUCCAACAGCCUCAGAACAUUGCUGAUAGAUCUGCUCUUCUAUCAAGUCAGAUUCUGCAGCAAGUACAACCUCGGUUUCAGCAAAUUUACCCUCAAAAUCUCAACGAAAACAAAAUUCAAGGUCAUACACAACCUGAGUACCUCCAAGUCCAACAGCAGCUUCAACGCUGCCAAUCAUUUAAUGAGCAGAAGCCUCCGAUGCAUCCACAGCAACAACAGCAGGAACCACAGCAGCAGCAAUGCGUCCAAACACCACAGGAUCAACAAAUGCAAGAACAGAAGCAUCUGCACAACUUCCACUCCUUGCCAGAUGCAUUAUCGGCCUUUUCUCAGCUUUCCCCAGCCACUCACUCCCCACCUUCCGCAUUGCAGACAGUUCCAGCAUUCUCGCAUCAACAAAACUUCCCAGAUACAAACAUUAGCUCUCUCUCACCAUCUACUGGCCCUUCAAUGCAUGGCAUGUUGGGGAGAUUACCUUCCGAAGCAGCUUCGAGCCUCCCAUGUGUGGCAAUGAACGCCCCUGUAUCGGUAUCUGACCCAUGGUCAUCCAAGAGAGUUGCAGUGGAGUCUGUUAACCCUUGUCGACCUCAUGUUUCACCACAUAUAGAACAUUUGGAUAUGGCGACGUGUAACAUGCCGCAGAGCUCUGCACUAGCACCAUUACCUGGACGGGAAUGCCUAGUGGAUGAAGAUGGGUGCUCUGAUCCUCAAAAUCACCUCUUGUUUGGUGUUCACAUAGACUCGCAUUCACUUCUGAUGCAAGGGGGCAUUCCAGCCCUUCAGAAUGAUAACAGUUCAGGCACUAUUCCAUACUCAACCUCCAAUUUCCUGAGCCCUUCUGAGAACGAUUUCCCCUUGAAUCAACCGCUACGCAGCGCGGGCUGCUUAGAUGAGUCGGAUUAUCUUCCAUGUGCAGAGAAUGCCGAACAGGCAAAUCAACAGUUUGCAACCUUUGUGAAGGUUUACAAAUCCGGGACCGUCGGAAGGUUGCUCGACAUCACUAGAUUCAGCAGCUACGACGAGCUCCGUAGCGAGGUGGGGCGUCUGUUUGGCCUCGAGGGCCAGCUGGAAGACCCUCUGAGAUCAGGCUGGCAGCUUGUAUUUGUUGACAGGGAGGACGAUGUCCUUCUGGUUGGCGAUGACCCAUGGCAGGAAUUCGUGAACAGUGUGUCCUGUAUAAAGAUACUUUCACCGGAGGAGGUCCAGCGGAUGGGAAAGCCGGGCAUCCAGCUCCUGAGCUCGGCUCCUUCAAGAAGGCUGGGCAAUGGCUGCGACAGCUACGCGAGCAUGCAGGAGCCGAGAGGCCUGGACGCUGGGAUGGCGCCGGUGGGUUCGGUCGAGUUCUGAAGACGGCGGAGGGAAGCCCACCAUGGCCCUCGGGUCGAGGAUUACUCUCCCUCCUGUAUGUUUCUGCAGCACUUGCUAGCUCUGCGACUUGGAACAAAGCACGUAGAUCAAAUGGAGCUCUGUGCUGCUCCCCGUCUGAUGAUGUCUUAUGGUAUAGACUCGUAGCAGUAACUACUACAUGUUGUAUACAUGCCGGCACUUCAGUUCUUAUCGAGUAGCAAUACCGCUAGUUUAGUCCAUCCAAUCAACUACGUUCUUGUUCCUAUGAUCCUGUUGUUGCGAUGCAGUAAAACCUUUUUUUUGUCAUAAUAACCUGUAUAUUGAAACUGUUCUUGGCUCC